CCGCACGAAGCUUCGACGAGAAGAAAACGAAGCGAUUUAAACCUCAGCACUCCACUUCUCCAAAGAAUCACAAAACCCUAACAAUGGCGUUUCCCGGAUCUGAUAAAAGAUUGGUAAAAAGGAUUAUCGAAGCAGCCGCUUCUGGGAAUCUCCGUGCUCUUAAGAAAACGGCGAGAACUCUCGAUGAUGGGAGCGGUAUUGCGGCCACUGUGGCAUCGAUUAGGGAUUUGAACGGUCGCGGGGCGUUUCAUGUCGCAGCGACGGAGGGAAAGAUCGAUGUGUGCAAAUAUUUUGUAGAGGAGUUGGGAUUAGAUGUUAAUGUAACGUCGUAUAAAGGUGAUACUCCUCUGUUUCAUGCGGCAUUAGAGAAUCACCUUGCUGUCGUUGAAUAUCUUCUUGAUCAUGGCGCCGAUCCUUCUAUACCAGACGAGAGAGGGUACUCUGUCCUUCACUGCGCUUCACAAGAAGGACAUUGCGAGGUAGUAAAUCUACUACUCUCGAAAGGGAUCCCUGUAGAUCCCAAUAGCUUCGUUGGCACUCCACUGAAUGCAGCUGCUCGCAACAGACAAGAAAAAAUUGUGAAGAUUUUGUUGGAGCACGGAGCAAAUCCUAACAAGGUUUCCGACAGCAUCUUUUCACCGCUGUUGGUAUCUGUUCUAACUGAAUCGUUGGAAUGCACGAAGCUACUGAUCAAGGCUGGCGCUGAUGUGAAUGCUAGUACUCCAAGUGGAACAACUCCUUUAUCAGUAGCAGCUCAUGAGGGCUUAACUGAUUUUAUCAAGUGCUUGUUGGAAGCUGGGGCUGACCCAAAUGUUGUCAAUGAGUCUGGGAGAAGACCGAUAGAGCUGGCUGCUCUGUUCGCUAAAAGACAUGAUGUUGAAAUUCUCUUCCAUGCGACUUCUCCCAUUCCCUACAUGCCAGAUUGGAGUGUUGAUGGAAUAAUCAGCUUUGUAAAAUCUGAACGCUUCAAGCUACGGGAUGAAGAAUUAUCCAGUAACAGAUUUGCUGAAAUGAAGUCUAAAGGAGGGAAUGCUUUUAAGAAAAACGAGUACCUUACAGCAAUAUACUACUAUUCUAUGGCAAUGGAGAUGAAUCCUCUCGAUGCAACCAUCUUUUCCAACAGGAGCGUCUGCUGGCUGCGCCGGGGGGAAGGGGAUAGAGCAUUGCACGACGCUCAGGUCUGUAGGAUGCUGAGGCCCAAGUGGCCAAAAGCGUGCUACCGCGAAGGAGCAGCUCGUAGCUUACUCAACGACUAUGCAGGAGCUGCUGAUGCAUUCUUGGAAGGCUUGACACUCGACCCCGGGAAUGAGGAGAUUGAGAAAGCAUUAUGGGAGGCUGUGGAGUCCAUGAAGAAACUCCAUUGUUCUGAUAAGAAACAGUAAGUGCGUUUGCGAUCCUCUCUUCUGCUGCUGCUAUAGUAACUUUGUGCUUGGUAUUUGGGAUUACUACAUCUUAGUUUUAUGUGAAUACGUAACUACUUCAAUGGUCUCUGGUGACUGUAAACAAUCGGUGGUGAUAUAGACAUUAGUACUGUGCAUCGUUUGCUUAGUAAAUGCUUCUACAUCGUUUGUAAUCCAGUGUUUAUGGUGUAUUAGUAAAUGCUUGGUCGUGAUGUACGCACUAGUACAGUGCAUGUUUUGCUGCAUCUUUUGUCAAAAACCUGUAAUCCAGUGUGUUUAUGGAAUGCACUAAAAGUGAAGGCUUGUUUUAUAACCUUAA